CUUUUCGCACGUUUCAUUUCAGUCUUAAUUGGAUACCGCAAGUGGACGCACGUUGGCGGGGCGUUUGUGGAUGUUUGUGUAAAUAAAUGCUUUUUUUCGGUAUAUUUAUAUGCGUUUGCUUGCUUGCUUUAUUCACGGAUAAACGCUGACGACGCGCUGAUUUUGUGUAGAGUUUCAUUUCAUUUAUGUACAAAGUGCGAAAACAAUGAAGAAAUCAAAACAAAUUAACCACAAAUAAUACACAACAAAAACAAAUAUCACCCACCUAAAGUAAAACAAAAAAAUUGUGCCAGCACUUGAGUGUAAGUGCAGUAAAAGAAGUUUUGUACAAAAACAGCGCAAAUGAAAAGUCGUGUAGAACACCGAAACGCUUGUAAACAAAACGCUUAAAACUUGCGCAACACCUGAACGCGCUUAUCGAAGUAAUUGCUAGCCUAAAAGCCGUCAUGGCUGAUACAAUGCAUCUUGUAAGUUUUCAUCCGCCACAUACGCAGCUAAGAACACAAGUAUUGAAAUUGAUGCCAUUCUUCAAUGCAGUUUUUGUUUACUUUGCCUUCGUACAAGAUCCACACGGUGAACUCUGGACGACAGUUCUAAAAUGUCUACCGAUUGUGAUGUUACUUGUGUAUGUUGUGGCCAAAGGCUUCGCCCUAACACCUGCUUACAGAUACUCCCAGCGCAUACUGCUCGGCUUAGUUUGCUCAUGCGCUGGUGAUGCGUUGCUCAAUAUUAAUCUCUUCCUCGAAGGCAUGGGCGCAUUUGCUAUCGGUCAUAUCUGGUACAUAUCAGCGUUUGGUUGGAGACCCUUGAAACUGCCAAUCGGCGUGGCUUUGUACAUUUGCGGUGCUGUGGCAAUAUCCUUGGCUUUCAACCGUCUAGAUGGCGUACUCGCUAUUGGGGUUCCUAUUUAUACUGCUCUCUUGUCGACCACUUGUUGGCGGGCCAUUGCACGCGCUCUCCAACACUCCAGCUUCUUAAAUACGUUCUGUGCUGUGGGCACAGUACUGUUUCUCCUAUCUGAUUCAGUGAUCGGCAUUAAUAUGUUCUUGGUACCGGUUCCGUAUUCAAGAAUAAUCAUUAUGUCCACUUAUUACACUGCUCAAUUCGCCAUCGCAUUCAGCACUGCCAACGACAGUCCAGAGCUUAGGAAGCUUAUGGUGAAUUGCGAACCGGCGCCUAAAGGUCAUCGCGUCAAAACAAAAGACUGAUCAGUUACUGAGCAAUUUACGCUCCAUUAAAUGCGUGUAGCUCAAGUUGCGAAGCAAUACAAUUGUCAUAAACAAAACUGCGUUGCCUACGCCGAACAAUCACCACCAACAAAACCAAAAAACAAGGAAUAUGAAAUAACUAAAAUGCCCUAAAAACUUCCAUUGUACCUUUACUGUCUGGACAUUUCGUGCGGAAAACGAGUUACUUUAGCAUCUACUACAAAUACAUACCAAGCAUUUUGGAAAUAUAAUGGAUACAUGCAUUAUCCGAGAAAUAUUUGUACAUAGCAUGUUACAUAUAGUAUACACAUACAUAUUAUAUAUAUACAUAUUUACUUAUUUAAUCUUGUUAGUCUAGGUAUUAUAAAUUAUAAAUGUGUCAAUUUAUUUAUAAAAUGUAGUUGUUUAAAUUAACGGUAGUUUUUAGAUUUUGGUGUUGUUUUUUUCCAAGAAAUAAAUGAACUUCUAAUUGUAAA